UAUAUAAAUGAAACAGCAAACACAUCGGUUCAUCAAAAAUCCAGAGUGUCUAGUUAUCUCUCCUCCAAAUCAAAGAAUUCGAUAAAUUCCAUAGAAAUGGCACCAAAGGCAGCAGAGAAGAAGCCAGCGGAGAAGAAACCGGCGGAGAAGGCACCAGCGGAGAAGAAGCCAAGGGCAGAGAAGAAGCUACCGAAAGAAGGAGGAUCGGCCGGAGCAGAUAAGAAGAGAAAGAAGGCAAAGAAGAGCGUGGAGACAUACAAGAUUUACAUUUUCAAGGUUUUGAAACAGGUUCAUCCUGAUAUUGGGAUAUCAAGCAAGGCUAUGGGUAUUAUGAACAGUUUUAUUAAUGAUAUUUUUGAAAAGCUUGCUCAAGAAUCUUCUAGGCUUGCUAGGUAUAACAAGAAGCCUACUAUUACCUCUCGGGAGAUCCAGACUGCUGUUAGGCUUGUUCUGCCUGGGGAGUUGGCUAAGCACGCUGUUUCUGAAGGGACUAAGGCUGUUACCAAGUUCACUACGGAGAAGAAGCCAGCGGAGAAGAAACCGGCGGAGAAAGCACCGGCCGAAAAGAAGCCAAGGGCGGAGAAGAAGUUGCCUAAAGAAGGAGGAUCGGCCGCAACGGAUAAGAAGAGGAAGAAGGCAAAGAAGAGUGUGGAGACGUACAAGAUUUACAUAUUCAAGGUUUUGAAACAAGUGCAUCCUGAUAUUGGUAUCUCAAGCAAGGCUAUGGGUAUUAUGAACAGUUUCAUUAAUGAUAUAUUUGAAAAGCUUGCUCAAGAGUCAUCUAGACUUGCUAGGUAUAACAAGAAGCCUACCAUUACCUCUCGGGAGAUCCAGACUGCUGUCAGGCUUGUUUUGCCUGGAGAGUUGGCUAAACAUGCUGUUUCUGAAGGGACUAAGGCUGUUACCAAGUUCACUAGCUCUUAGAUUUUAGGGUUAGGAUUUUCUUGUUUUUGUUUGUUGGGUUCUGUUUGUAUGCAAUUCCAAUGUAAAGACUGAUGAGAAUGAAUUGAAUGGGGUUUCUUGCAUUUUCAAUCAA